AUGAAAAUCGGGUGCUUUCCGGUUCGACCGCUGCUCUAUACGCUCGCAGCGCUCGGAAUCUUCCGUGCAGGAUUCCAAUUCUACUGGGGACAUCAUCAUGUCUGCACAGCAAUCAUCCCACUCUUCUACUUCGCUUUCAACAUCUUCUUGAUCAUCGCCGUUCACAAACGAGAGGUCAAGACUUUGAAGUGGGCUCAGAGAGCAACUCUCGCCGCUUCAAUCCUCUCUGUGAUUCCAUUCCUUCUCCUCCCAGUGUUCACAGCAAGCUUCCUUGCUUCUGGAGAAUGGGAGAAAUGGGACGCCAACGACACCCACGUCCAUCCGGAGAAGUACGGUAACUUGACGUCUCCAGACUUCCGCUUCUUCAUCGGUGCCACCGCUGGACUCAUCGUCGAGGCCGGAGCAGCUUUCCUCAUUGCAGUUGAGCUCUUCAAGUACUUCCUCAUCACCAGAAUCUGGCGCGCCGAACACGACCUCGGAAUUCACACCGAAGGAUUCGACUGUCCAUAA